ACGCAGAAGUGAAGCGGGGAAUGCAAUCCCUUCUUCCUUUGUCGAGGUUAAUGCAGUUUCGUUGCCCUACCACGCCAUAUCUCGUGACCUCUUCUCGCACCCGGUUCGCAAUCUCUUCAUAUAUCCCCUCUGUCUCGCUCUCUCUCUCACGCUGUGUUUUGGGUUCUUGAUUGCGGUUUCCGUUUCAGUCUGCAAUUUGUUUGUAGCAGUGAGGACAGGCCACUGAAGCUUCGACGCACAUCCGGUGCAAUGAAUUCGGCUCAUUUGAGUGCUGGGUAGUAUCUAAAGGUGGGAGUUUUGGUGUCUGAAGUUUCAUUUCUUGACGAAGUGGAAUGUUGGAGUUCAAGUUCGAGGAAGGUUUAGGCGCUGUGGAAACAAUUCUGGGUACUCGAUCAAGGUGAAUGAAGGACUUGUUGGUGGUUCUGGAGCUGCGUAGUUGAUUGUAAUUUUUCAACUAUUUAUUUUAAGCCGAGGGGGGUUAUAUUUGUCCUCUAAAUCUUCGAUGCACUUACAGGCCGCCGUCACGACCAACGGAGUAUGAAGUAUGCUGGAAUUGGAGUACUUUACUGAAUUUGAUGCUUGAGUCCUGGAAAUCGCCAUAUGAUUUCUUUUCUCGUUCGAUGGUGCUUAUAGCAGACACGCUAUAGUCCAGCUUGUCUUUUCCUUACGUUGUUUACAAGAUGGCCGCUUUGGUGGGGGGCUUGGCUUUGGCUUUGAAGCACGGAAAGCCACAAGAGAAGAGUUUUUGUCAAAAUUGUUCGAUCAAAUGUAUAAAUCAAGUCCACGCGCAGCUCAUCCCGUGCGCGAAGAUGAUGGGAUCUGAAGUGUGCGGUGUUUUUGGGCAAGCGCUAAGGUUCAGAGUGAAUUCCAACAAGAUUCGUCUGCGCUCCCCUUCUAGAAAAUCGGCCACUGUAUGUAGUCUAUUUGCUGGAAUGGGAAAUCCCAAGUUCAGUUGCUUGGGAGAAUUCAAGGGUUUCAUGGAAGAAUUACGAUUUCAAGUUAUGAGGUUGCUUAUGAAGAAGCAAACGAAGGAACAGUUUGCUAGACGCUCACCUACUGCGGAGGAAUAUAUGAAGUUUCUAGUGGACAGCAAGAAGGUCUACGAAACCGUGGAGGCGAUUGUCAUGAAUUCCUUGCAUCCUUCGUAUGAAAUCUUCAGAAAGACAGGAUUAGUGAAAGUAAGAAGGUUGACUAAGGAAUUAGCUUGGUUCUCAAGCCAGGGUUACGCUAUCCCCGAAGCUGGCCCAGCUGGAAUUGUGGAUGCGAAUCACUUGAUGGACCUGUCUCAGACUAAUGCACCUGCGUUCAUUAGCCAUCUUCACAAUGUCUGCCAUGCCCUAUCAGCUGGAGAUCAAUUUCUUGUACAAAAGGGCUUUGCAGGAGUAAGUGAGGGUCUAGCAAACGGGAACUUGACGCCUUUACAGAGCAAAGUAAAAGAGACUUCCUUGGAUUGGAACGUGGUUGUAAGAAUAGCUGGAAGAAUGCUGUUAAUUUGGACUGCGUCCGUGUGCGUGGCCAUGUGGGCAGCCGGAAGUGGGCUAGCCUAUGCAAGUGGAGGUAGCUCAGGGUCGCUGGCUCCACCUCUAGUAAGCAAUAUGAAAAUGAAAUCAUCUUUAGUUGAGAUGUUGAAAGCUAUGUGGCCCAAGAUGCAACAGGUCUUCGAGGUGCUGAGAGAUCAAGGACUUUUUCUUUCUCUAUUACUGGCUCUAUCUGCUUUUUUUUCUAUGGCAGAGACUUCUAUUACGACACUCUGGCCAUGGAAGGUUCGUGAACUUGCAGAAAAGGAAGAUGAAGGUGGAGUCUUCCAAGUUCUACAGCAAGAUGUCACUCGCUUCUUGACUACCAUCCUGAUCGGGACAACGGUGGUUAACAUUGCAGCAACAGCAAUGGUUACUGAAGCAGCAACAGCCUUAUUUGGAGAAGCUGGCGUCACAGCUGCUACAGGUGUUAUGACGGUUGUUCUUCUUUUAGUUACAGAGAUUGCUCCCAAGAGCAUUGCCGUGCACAACGCUACAGAAGUUGCGCGAGUAGUGGUGAGGCCUGUGGCUUGGCUAUCUGUAAUUUUGUACCCGGUAGGACGCCUGGUGACUGCAAUGUCUACAAGUUUGUUGAAACUUCUUGGGUUGAAAAGCAGUGGGGAGCCUUUUGUGAGUGAAGAUGAGCUUAAGCUUAUGUUGCGAGGUGCUGAACUUAGUGGAGCUAUAGAGGAGGAGGAGCAGGACAUGAUAGAGAAUGUGCUUGAAAUCAAAGAUACAUAUGUUCGGGAAGUUAUGACUCCUUUGAUAGAUGUAGUUGCCAUUGAUUCGGCUGCAACUUUGCUGGAAUUCCGCAACCUUUGGGUGAAGCAGCAGUACUCAAGAGUUCCAGUUUUUGAAAGGCGUAUUGACAACAUUGUUGGCUUAGCAUAUCCCAUGGAUAUGCUUGAUUACGUGGAACAAACAGAAUUGUUGCAAAGGAUGAAUGUUGGACGCAUUGCUCACAAGCCAGCUUACUUUGUUCCAGACUCUAUGUCCGUGUGGAAUUUGCUGAGGGAGUUCAGGAUACGGAAAGUACACAUGGCAAUUGUACUCAAUGAAUACGGUGGUACUGUUGGGGUUGUAACGCUGGAAGAUGUUGUGGAAGAGAUUGUUGGGGAGAUUUUCGAUGAAAAUGAUUCAAAGGAAGAGAUCAGAAAGAAAACAGGUUACGUGGUCCAAAGGGCCGACGGGGUUUUUGACAUUGAUGCAAAUACGGCAGUAGAGGACCUAAAGGAGGCUCUAGAGAUUAAACUUCCGGAGGGUUCGCAUCGUUAUGAGACCGUGUCAGGUUUUGUAUGUGAAGCGUUUGGAUAUAUUCCUCGCACUGGAGAGAGUACCAAAAUUACGCUUCGCAACGCAGAUGCUGAAGAGGGUGAAUGGCGUGAUGGAGAGAACCAGGGUGAACAUCAUGAAGAUCGCCGUGAGAAGGAGAGAGAGAAAUUUCAAAAGUACCGCCUGGAGAUUCUCGCCGGUAAUGCUCGGAAGGUAGGGUCGGUGCGGUUUGAGAGAUUGGAGGGCACCACCCAGGGUCGGGAGGAAUCUGAGAGGAGUUUUCCCAGAGGUUUGCAUGUAGACAGUUCUGCUGAUGAAGAUGUUCGCUGGAAAGACCCUACAGAAGUCUCAACAGAAGAGGAAUCGGAUAAUGAUUUAUGCAUACCUGAUGAGGACUUAAUAGAUGGACCUAAAAUUUAUUUACCCGGAAGUGUGCGUUGCAACGAGGAGUUAGACUUCGUGUCAUCUCACGGUCUUGCCAAAGUAGGUGCUCAAAACUGGCAGGUGGAAAUGGUUGAGGAUACCCCAAAAGACGGAAUGGAAGUAGGUGGUGAAGCACACGAUAACGUUGCGUCUGCCGUUGCAAGCUUGACAGAUAAGUGGGAAGUACAAGAAGCACAAGUUGAAAGGCGCCGGAACAGAAGACGGAAACAAUCGGCCGAGGCCAUAAUGGAGCUUGACAGACAACAAAGAUUCAAUCAACUAAGGUAACAAUUGUUAGGCUCACUCAUAUUAUACAUGGGUGGAAAUGAAAGGGUCGGUUGGGAUUCCAGCAGGUAUCAACAUAUUUAGGAAGUUGGCAAAACAAUUCGACAUUUUUCAGGAGAUACCAUCAUGUGCAUAGGUUUUCUCCUCCUAUCCUUAUCGUUUUUAGUUUAGAUCUGUUUGUGUAUCUUGCGAGAUGGAUUUGUAAGUUGUAAGAGCCUUAUGCUCAGAUUGCUUAUGUCCACAAACAUCUGGCUAAGUCUUUAAGCCAUGUGUUGAUUUUAGGUUCCAUGCGGUUCACAGUAGAGUCUGUGCAGAUUAACCGUGUGAGAAAAGACUAUUUUGGUCCCGCUUGUAAUUUUGUCCGACCUCUGUAACAUAUUACAAUUUGUUCUGGGACACAUUUGAGAGCUCGAAUUGUUCCCUGCGUUCAUAGAUUGUUUUAGAUUGUAUCAACCCGAUGGUCAGUUUGAACUGGAGACUGGCAGACUAAGUAGCUCUCAAGAGAAACCUGUAUCUAUGCCAAUUUGGUUUCAUUUUUUGAUUCCAAUCAUGAAAAUUUUAUGUUCAUUCA